AUGCUGCAGGGUUCCGACCAUAAGUUUGGUUUCAUAAGCGAUUAUUUAGUAGAAAUAUUUCACACAGUAAAUUUGGCAUUUUUGGCGGGAAUUAUAUCAGUACUCGGCAUUGUGGCUAAUAUAUUAAAUAUUGUGGUAUUUCUGAAACAAGGGUUUAACGAUACUGUCAACAUUAGUCUGUUUGCACUAGCAGUGUCAGAUCUCUGUGCUUUAAUAACACUGCAAUGGGUGAAUCUGCUUCGAAACCCGCUCUUUAUCUACAGGGUUCCAUUCUUGCCGGACGAGGUGCAGCAUUUGACAGCUGCCUGGCCUCACGCCUGCUUUGCCAGAAUAACCAGUUGGAUAACGGUGUACAUCACCUUGGAGAGGUGUCUUUGUGUGGUGGUGCCAUUAAAGGUCAAGAGGAUCGUCAACCCGACUGUUGCCGUCUGCGUUUUAGUGUCCAUUUUCUUGGUGAUGUUCCUUACACUUCUGCCCGACUACCUGACCUGCUAUCUAGACUGGAAGUUCGAUUCCACUUACAAUCGAACCAUGCUGGGGCUUUUGUUUUUGAAAGGCAGAGACCAAAUGGCAGCGCUGAGCUUCAAUCUUGCAGCCUGUACUCAAAUCAGUUCUUUUGGAGCAGUCAUAGUUUUUACAUCCGUACUUGUCAUCAAAGUGAAAGAAAAAUCGAAAUGGCGAUCCUCAAUAGCCCAUAGCGGCGCAAACUCCUCAGCAGUCAUCAGUAAGAGGGACAACAAAGUGGUUAAAAUGAUUGUGCUGAUUGCCGUUAUCUACUGUAUUUGUUUUCUGCCGAUGCUUGUCAACUAUAUACUGACUACUAUCGAACCUAAUUUCAUUGUUGUUGGCUUGUACCGCAACGCCUUUCUACUGUCCUGGUCGUUCGCCUUUCUGGUUGACUCUAUAAACUCCAGUAUCAAUAUUAUUGUUUAUUAUAAAAUGAGUUCAAAAUUCAGAAACACGUUCAACACUUUGUUUUUUACAACGACGCCGAUUAAAAACUAA